UCUCCUAGUCUCCCUCACAUGGCCUGGUUCAUGGUCAUGGUUACUCUGGACUCUUCCAGGUGCCUCUUAUCUACAACAAACCUUCUCUUCCACCAUACAUAGGAGCAGUUAGGCCCUCCUUUUUCUUUCUUUUCUUUUCUUUUCUUUUCUUUUUUCUUUUUAAGCAUCAUCAGAACCCCUAGCCCUGGGGUAACCUCAGUAACCAGCAGCUGAUCUCAUAGCCACUAAUCUGUACUCACUAAUCUGUGUUCCAAACUCUUGGCCCCUGAGCUAAUUAUAGCAAUGUUUCAUGCCACCCACCUCAACCCUAUUCUUGGUCUCUGACUCCCACCAAUCCACAUUCAGAGGGCUGUGGAUAUAAGAGGCUGGGAGGCCAGCUGAGCAACCAGAGCAAGAGACUGAAGGAAACUCCAUCUCUUCCCUCAGGUGCAUCUCUGCGGGAGACUGGAGUGUGAUGAGGAAAAUAGGGGCUAAAUAACUGAGCUUCGCUCAUCUCAGGCAAGAUUCAACAUAAAUUCCUCCGCCAGCAUGUCCACCGUAUUUAAGAAGAGCAGCUGCAAUGGGAAGGUAAGAGAACCUGGUCCCGCUGAGCAGACGAAAGCUCCAAGGAGACCAGUGGAUACGUUCUUCAAGGGCUCGGUGGGCUGGGCUCUGGGCCUCGGGACAGUGCAUUCAAAGAUAGCUGUGAGACUGAUACAGCAAGUUGUCUCUCGACAGCUUUCUAUCUACCUGGGGAAACGAGACUUCAUGGAUGCUUCCGACACCGUGGAGCCCAUUGAUGGAGUAAUCCUUGUUGACCCCGAGUACUUAAAAGGUCGAAAGAUGUUUGUCAUGUUGACAUGUGCCUUUCGCUACGGCCGUGAGGACUUGGAUGUGAUUGGCCUGACAUUCCGCAAAGAUCUCUACGUACAGGCCAAGCAAGUGGCUCCAGCUGAACCCACCAGCAUCCAGGGCCCCCUCACAGCUUUACAGGAGCGGCUUCUGCGCAAACUCGGGGCCAAUGCCUACCCUUUCACACUUCAGAUGGCUGCUAACCUGCCCUGCUCGGUGACACUGCAGCCUGGGCCUGAAGAUUCAGGAAAGCCUUGUGGGGUUGACUUUGAAGUGAAGAGUUUCUGUGCAGAAAAUCCGGAUGAGAAAAUCCCUAAGAGCGAUUCUGUGCAGCUGGUUAUACGGAAAGUGCAGUUUUCAGCCCCGGAACCAGGCCCUGGUCCCUGGUCCCAGACCAUUCGCAGCUUCUUUCUGUCGGCUCAGCCCCUACAACUCCAGGCCUGGAUGGACAGAGAGGUUCACUACCAUGGAGAAGCUAUUUCUGUCCAUGUUUCUGUCAACAACUGUACCAACAAGGUCAUCAAAAGAAUCAAGAUUGCAGUUGUGCAGGUCACAGAUGUUGUCCUGUAUUCACUAGACAAGUACACGAAGACUGUGUUCAUUCAGGAGUUCACGGAGACAGUAGCUGCUAACUCCAGCUUCUCCCAGACCUUUGCAGUAACCCCACUCCUGGCCACCACCCACCAGAAACAGGGCCUGGCACUGGAUGGCCAACUCAAGCAUGAAGCCACCAAUCUGGCCUCUAGCACAAUUCUUCGACCUGGGAUGAACAAGGAGCUUCUGGGGAUCCUGGUGUCCUACAAAGUUAGAGUCAACCUGAUGCUGUCCUAUGGGGGCAUCCUCCGAGGUCUUCCAGCCAGUGAUGUUGGUGUGGAGCUGCCCCUGAUCUUGACCCAUCCAAAGCCAUCUCAUGGUGAGAGACCAGUGGCUACCAGCUCGGAGGACAUAGUCAUCGAGGAGUUGAUGCAGCAGGCCAGCCAGGCCCAGGGCUAGACAGCUCCAGCAGCAAACGGAGCUACGAGAAGCCAAUAGCCUCUCUCGGAUAAUCCUGUGUGCAAGUCUUCACGGCAACACUCGAAUAAAUUGCUUUGUCCAGACA